AUGAGGAAAGCUUUAAAGUCGACUAUGAAAGGAACCAUUCAUCGAUGGUGCAUUUGGCACAUAACCCAAAAAUUUUCCAAGAAGCUAGGAAAGCUUCCUAACUAUGCAAAAAUUCACGAUGAUCUUAAGAAUGCCAUCUACGAUAGUCUUGAUUGUGAAGAGUUUGAGACCAAUUGGCCUGAAGUGCUGUUGAAAUAUGGUGCAUUUACAUGUACUGUCUGCAUAUACUAUUCUUCUGAUACUGACAUAGUGACCUUUCAUAUACAAGUACCUGUUAUGCUUACAUGGUUGUAUGAUAAAUUUCAUAUGUGGGUUCCCGUCUUUAUGAAACAUCUAUUUUGGGUUGGAAUGAAGACAACUCAACGUGUGAAGAGUAUUCAUAGGUUUUUUAAUGGCUAUUUAAGCAAGCACACUUUGUUGUUUGAGUUUGUGGAGAGGUAUUGUCAUGCCUUGGAGGUUAGAUGUACAAGUGAGAAAAAAGCUGAUGAUAACAAUGAGCGGUAUGACAAGAUGAUGGUCAGGAUUGAUAGUUUGUGUUCAAAAGCUUUGGGUUACAUUAAAACUACUGAAGUGGUGAUGCAAGCACUGCAGUUAGUUGAAUUGCAAGUUGAGUAG